AUGUGGCAAGUGGCUCAGCAGCAUAACGUGAUGCAGUAUGGGAAGCUGGAGGAGUUUGUGACUCUGGUGACAGAGAUUGUUCCGGAGCUCCUGACGCUCAAGCAGAGGGUCCAACUCAUCCUGGGACUGAGAGCGAGGGAGGUAUUCCCUGUACAGUACAGCACUAGGUAUGACACAGCACUGCAGAUACUGGUGUGGCAGUUCUUUGACAGACUGGAGGAGAUGCUGCCAGUGCCCAGCUUUACACAGACAUACUUCUUCUUCUCUCCCUCUCAGACAGCAUCCAUUCUCAACCUGACCCCUACUGACCUGGAAGACGAUGUGAGGAGAAAGGGAGAGAAUGACAAUGCUCAAGGACCGAAAGAACAGGAGAGUGGCGAGGAGGGACAGCAAGAAGUCAGUGGGGAGGACGAAUACGCCAAUGAGGGAAGUGAUGAGGGCGCUGAAAGAGUGGAAGAGGCUGGGGAAUCCUCUGGGAACUCUGGGCAGCAGAAACAGCCAUCAUUAGUAGGCAUCAAUGGACAAGCUAAAGCCAAGUUCCCCCAGUCCCAGGGCUUUUCCUGCUCACAGUGCCAGUUCUCCAACAGGAGAUGGCUCACCCUUCAGGAGCACAUCAAGAAGAACCAUCCAAAGGAGGACAGUGGGAUCCUGGGUUCUAGAGAAGCUGGAGCUGAGAACAACGUCCUGCCUGUCAGUGAGACAGAAAGUUCCUCAGCCAAGAAGGCCAGGAAGAACAGGUACACCUGCUCCCAGUGUGGGGAAGGUUUCAGAAACCACUGUGACCUGAGACGACAUGAAAGCGUUCACUCUGAAGCCAGGCCGUUCCAUUGUGACCAGUGUGAGAAGAGAUACAAAACGAAAGGAUGUCUAAAACAGCACCAGAAAGUUCACCAGGCAAAUCGAAUUGAAGAAAGGACAUACGUUUGCUUACAUUGUGGCAGGGGCUUUAGGAAAACAGAAAUCUUAAAGUCACAUGAACGCACUCACACCGGGGAGCGACCUUAUGUCUGUUCUAUCUGUGGGAAGGGAUUUAUAUAGUCGAAUGGCCUGACGCAACACCUCCGGAUGCACAGAGGGGAGAAACCGUUCUUAUGUAGCGUUUGUGGAAUGACCUUAAGCACCUCAGGUCAGUUGAGGAUACACAUGAGAAAACACACAGGUGAGCAACCCUACAGCUGUCAACUUUGUGGGAAGAGGUUCAAACAACCUGAAAGUCUCACAGUGCAUCUGUGGAGUCACACAAGCGAGCGGCCGUACCCCUGCACACUGUGUGACAAACGUUUCACAUCCAGCAGCUGCGUUAAAAAACACAUGAGAACUCAUACAGGGGAGAAACCUUAUCAGUGUAUAAGGUGUGGUAAGAGAUUCGCUGAAAGCGGCAACCUAAAAAUACACCAGCGAGUUCAUCGAGGAAAAAGUCUAAGUUGUCUGAAAGUUGUUGAGGGACGUUGUGCUCUGUACAGCAGGGUUCCCCAACUGGCGACCCGCGGACCGAAUUUAGAUUUUCAUUGUUGGACAUAAGACUGUAAAAACACCAGGAAAUCAGCUCCAAGUGGUUUUCAUUUCGGAAGUAUAUUCCCAAGUACUGCCACGCAUAAUAUACAUAUUUGAUUGUAUACAAAUAAUAAUAUUAAUAAUAAUUGAUUGGAUUUGUAUAGCACUUUUCUGCUAACUGAGGUACUCAAAGUACUUUACAUAGUAGGGGGAAACUCACCGCACCCACCUCAGUAAUGCACAGUGACCAUUUUUAUGCCAAACGUCUCCCCCACACAUCAGCUAUCAGGUGGAGAGGUGAGGAGUGAUAUAUUCCAAUUAAGAAUGAGGGGGAUGAUUCAGUGGCCAUGAUGGAAUAUGGACAGGUUGGGAAUUUAGCCAUGACACUGUGGUGAACAUCCAAAUCAAAUUUCAAAUUUAUUUUUAUAUAGCCCUUCGUACAUCAGCUGAUAUUCUCAAAGUGCUGUACAGAAACCCAGCCUAAAACCCCAAACAGCAAGCAAAGCAUGUGAAAGAAGCACGGUGGCUAGGAAAAACUCCCUAGAAAAAACUCCCUAG